CCCAUAAAAAAAUCCUAACAUAACCUGUAAUGGAAUCAGUGGGGUCAACGGUCAAAGUAUAUUGUUUGGUUAUUAAACAACAGGUUUCUUGAAAAUUAUGUCCUCAAUCUUUCGACCAAUCGCCCGAGUACUACAGGCACAAUAUCGGAGAAGUGUUUCGAAAAUGUCCACAUUUAACACAUUAAACGUUACUGUACCGAAACCUUUCGUAUACCACGUCGAAUUGAACAGACCGGAGCAACUCAAUGCCCAAACUGUCGAAAUGUGGCUAGAACUAAAAAAUUGCUUCAACGAGCUGAAUUUGGACUCUAACUGCAGAGUGAUCCUGCUGUCCGGGUCGGGACGAAUGUUUACAGCCGGUCUCGACUUUAAGGGUGCCAUGGAACUUAGCGUCGAGGUCGGCGAAGAAGAGGACGUCGCGAGAAAGGCGAAAUUGCUGCGUGCUGCGAUCGACAAGGGCCAAGAGGCGUUCACCAGCCUCGAGAUCUGCAGCAAACCCGUGCUGGCCGCUGUCCAUUCGGCGUGCAUCGGCGCCGGCGUUAGCCUGCUGACCGCCGCCGACGUGAGGUACUGCACCAAGGACGCGUGGUUUCAAGUGAAAGAGGUGUUGCUGGGAAUGACGUGCGAUGUCGGUGCCGUUCAGAGGUUACCGAAGGUUGUGGGGGCAGAAGGAACGGUACGUGAAAUUUGCUAUACCGGUCGGAAGGUGUAUGCGGAUGAGGCGCAGAGGAUUGGUUUGGUGUCGAAAGUUUUUGAUGAUAAGGACAGCAUGAUGAGUUCCGUUAUGGAGGUGGCCGAGACGAUUGCGAAAAAUAGUCCGGUCGCCGUCCAAGGACUGAAAAGCAGUCUGGUGUUCUCCAGGGAUCACUCGGUGCAAGACGGUCUGAUGCACAUCGCGGUACACAACCAAGGCAUGCUGCAAAGCGAAGAUUUUAUUAACGGGGUUACGGCGUUGGCGAUGAAGCAGACCGACAUUAAGUUUUCGAAAUUAUAGUUUCAAUACAGGUCGGGUGUGAUCGUCACACGUUUCUUGCGCGGCGGUGGAGGGGGUUUCGACGCUUCGACGAUAUCUGCUAUAUUGUAUAAACUGUCUUCCGGUUUGAUAAUGUACUGUACACAAUCGUUACUUGCAAACUGUACAAAUAAAGCAGUCGACUUACCA